AGCAUUGCUUGCAGUUGUGAUGAAUUUGCCGAGUGUCAGAGGAAAAUUGUCAGGCCACAAACUAAUCAUUCUUAGGUGCCUCAUUUAGCAUUCUGUCCAUGUUUAUACCAACUCUACACGAGCGCACACACACACACACACACACGCAAAAUAUUCCACCUUGAGCUAAAUGGAUUUGACCUCUAUUUGUAAAGUGUGCAUUAGCGUGAAAUGGAGGGGGGCUUUCUUUGAGGGUUCAGCAAGCCAUCUAGCCUACAUGCUCUUGUCUUAGAUGCCAGCCUUGGUCUUAAAGAGCCUAGUUUCUAAGGGAAAAUUCAUGUCAUGGACAUCUUGUUUCCAGGAUUCAGUGUGAUUCACUUUUCAUUUCAGGAUGAUGUUGAGUCUCCUGUGUUAUUCCCAGUGUGGACGUGGAGCAGUGACUGAUGUCUAAUUAUUUGGAAGGGAGAGAGCUUCUCUAAGAAGGACAUGCAAUGUUGGAAGCUUCCGUUGCUUGGCAACAUGUAACUUUACCUAUGUUAAACUGCCAGAGGCAGUUUAAAGGGCUAAAGACGCCCAUUCAGGCAAUAGUAGAUUACAAGGAAGAUCUCGAAACCUGCCCCAUCAAAAUCACUUUCCACCAUAGAAAUAAACACCUAAGAGAGGAUCUGGGAUGUGAGUGGUUGCAUGUUGCACACCAGCAAACAGGGUGAGAAAGAAGGCAGUGGUGCCAUUUUUCUGCACUCAUACUGUGUACAUGCCCUGUUAAAGUUGAUUCGAAUUGCUCAUUCCUUACAAUAAAACCUCCAACCAGAGACUCCCCUUCAGAAUGUAUGCCCCUGCAGCUUCCCCCGUUUUUAUGACUGUGGCACCUCACUGGAACCCAUGCCAGCCCCUUCCCAUCCAGCUAGUAUGCCUCCCAGCAUUCAGCUUCAGCCUCCAGCCUUGUGUCAUGUCAGCAGCUGAGCUCAUGAAAACUCUUCUAUCCAAUGAAGGAGGAGGCUGAGAGGUGCACCAGUGGCUGGAUCCAGGCACAUGCAGGCUCCGAGCUCACAGAAACAGGGCCUUCAUGUCCUGGCUGUCGGGAGUUCCUGUGAAUGUUGCAACUCUCAUUUCUUUUUGAAGUGGGUGUGUAAGAAGCGUGUCUGUUCAUUGUGGCAGCCUGAGUUUUGGAGGCCCCACAACAUUCUUUCCUACGUGGAAAGAGUUUUCUUUUUAAUUCAGAAACAACAAACCUUCUCAGCCUCAAACCAGGCCAAUCUUACAGUGUCAUGGCAAAAAAAAAAAAAAAGAAAAGAAAAAAAGGAAGAAAGAAAAAGAAGAAAUUAAAACAUGCAAAGCAAAAAACAAAUAGAAAACAAAGAACACAGUGCAACAGUCAAAAUCAUGUUAACUUAAUGAAUUUGGGCCAAACUUAGAUUUAACAUUUCCUUGAAGUUUGACUUCCAUAAAUCACCUGUCUUUUUCAAACAGCAGCCUCUGAAGUACAAUCCAGCUUAUUUCUCCCCUUUUGAUCAAUGCUCUUCCCAGGAAUCAAACCCAGCUCUUAAGAGCAUUUGUAAUGGAAGCUAAAGACAGCUGACCACUAACUGGCCCUGAACACCCAGGUACACUCUGAGUUUGCCCACAAGGAAAAGUUAUGGAGUCCACAUGCUCCAAAGGGGACUCCAUGUUCAAGGUAAUCUCCCAAGUCCCUCUGCUGCUGCUGGCUGUGAGGCAUCAAUAUCCUCCCACAACCUGGACUCAGGGGCUGCAGCCUCAGAGGACCAGCAUCGUGGAGUUCAAGUUCAGUUCAGCACUUGAAUAGUACAUCCUUCAGGAAACCAGGGCACUGAAGACUGAAAAGCAGAAUCAAUAACAUUCAUGUAUAUUUUAAGGCCAGAGUUCACAAAUUAGAGACCUUAGGAAUUAAUAUAAGUACAUGUACAUGUAUUUGUGGCUAUGUGUACUAGUUACAAAUAAGAGACAAGAAAGGAGAUAUACAAAUAGGAGAACGAAGCAUAUUCAAAAAUGAAUAUGGCAAAAGUUCGAAUGAAUGUGAACUAACAACAAAAAAAAAUAUAGUUUCUCGUUUCUAGGCAUAUUACUUCUGCUUUUUCAAAACCAUUUCUCAAGUUAUUGAUAAUAAUAUGAAUUCUGUCCUUAAACUGCUUAAUGAAGGAGAGUAAAUUAAUGUAUUUUAAGAUGAUCUUUCUGUUUUUAAGUCCCGCUGCUUCCGUCACAUUUACACCAGCACACACGGACACUUCCAUCUGUCCCCAUUCGUCAUCACUGUGAGAUGAAGCUAAGAAUUCGAUUCACUAAGUUUUAUAUAGCCAGUACCAUGUGAAACACAUGACUUGAUUGAAAUGUGUGGUGUGACUGCAAUGGGAAGCAGUAGAACACGCUUCUAGCGGCAGCAAUACUGCACCAUCACCAUGACAACCAGUGGAAAUAAUGGCCCCCUUUGGGAAUAAAAGAGAUCUCAAAUCCUGUUGCAGUCAGUAGCGCUGGCUGUCUGCAGUAGAGAUGGUUUUCAAUGAUUGUUUCAGAAAUUCCUUAUCAACAGAAAAUGAACGAGAAGGGGAGUUUUCAGAAAAUAAAUGGAUUUGCAGACAACUAACGUCAUCAUCGAAGUCACCAAAGAAAGCAAAGCAGAGACUGGGGAAGCUGAGGCUGAAGUAGCAAGGGCAUUCCACCCAGGCUGCUAUUCCAGUCGCUGUGAAAGCCUGGUCGCUGUCUUUGCCAUGCAGAACACAUCUCUGGGAAUGCUGUCGAUGUGUGCCUCCAUCUUUUAAAGGCUUUCCAUUUCUGUCUGGAUUUUUUCUUUAUGGGAGGCAGAAAUAAUAGUGAAUUGAAUGAAAUGGAGUAUACAAGUGUCUAGCACCGUCCUUGGCACAUAGAAAGUGCUCUGUAAACAGUACUUCACAUCAAAUUCUUGGGACAAAUGAAAGUGAGUGCCUGGCGCUGCACAUAGGAAGUGUAAUCGUCUUUUAAAGGAAAAGACGUGGCAGCAAACCAUCCUCCCGACGUGACGUGCUGCGUUGGUGCUUUUACGUCCCUGGUCCUUCUGAAAGACGCAAAAUUGUGUUGGAGCUACUGGUGCACCUUUGUAAGGCCUGCACUGAUGACUGCGCCACUGGGAAGGGCACUUCUUUAUGAAGUCGUCAUAUUCUCAGGGAGACUGGUCAACCCAUAGAAUGUGAAAAAAAAGAAGCUAUGUGAAAAAAAACUCCCCCUUGUCACAGACAAGGAGAACUUGGUGAGGCUGGGCAGCUGCAGGAGCCUCGGUUUUUCAGAUAACAGAACAGCGUAGAACUUGAGCGUCCGUUUCCCUUUUCGUUUUAGGAAGUGCUGUAGAAGAGGGCAAAGAGAUCUUUCAUAUGAGAAGGGAUUUCUGCAAAGCAGCAUCGUGCCUGAAAUAGCAUAGUUCUUUACGCUGAGAGAGAGGGAAGUGGGAAUUUGAUGUUCAACGGGUUUAAACUUCCAGUUACAAGAGAUGAAUAAGUCCGAGAGCUCUGUCGUGCCACAUCAUGCCUGUAGUCACCGAGACUGCGCUGUACACUUGUUUGUUAAAAGGGUAAAUCUCAUGUUAAAUGUUGUUACUACAAUUAAAAAAAAAAAAAAAAAAAAAGCCCUAGACUGUAUUUGCGGAAAGGCACUAACCAUACAUGUGCUCAAAAGCCCUUUCAAGUUUUCUUCACUUCAUGUUGUAGUUCGAUUUAGUUUUGCUUUGCAAGGAUCCUCAGAAAGUGUAUCAUCAGCAAUGACUUUUAUUUUAAAACUCAAUGUGAACCACGGGGGGAAAUCAUGAUCAACGUUGUUCAUUGCCGUUUCUUCCUCCCUGUGGGCUGUGAAUCCAACUCGCCCUGGGAGCAGGGUGCUCUCGCCUUCUGUUCCUCGCUGAGCUCAGUGCACAGAAGCAUUCUGCUUACCCAGCUGGGACUGCUGACUGCACCAUCGAGCACGCGGGUUGCACUGUUCUCAGCAGCUACACUGGAUUAUAUGCCACCUUUCUUACUGACUAAUUAUGAACUUAAAAAAAAAAUCACUCUGCUGCUGUGAAUUAUACAUUUAUUUUUAAGCAUUUAUUUCAACUCGAGAUGAGCGGUCUCUCCUGUAAAUUUCUCCCUGCUGGAUCUUUGCUCUGGUUUCUGAUGACAUAGUGUGAGUGCCGGCAGCCGCGAGCCUCAGAAGGAAAAUCACAAAGGGAAUACCCAGUAAAUAAUGUACUGCCUUUCGCAUCAGUAGCCUGCUUGGAAAUGUUCAAAUUAUCAGCCCAGGAGACUCCAGUGCUGUGGACAUGGGUCUGAAUGAAUUGAUCACCCAGGGGCUACUGAGAACGCGGUGCUCUGUCCACCAUGGAGCCCUUGUGUCCACUCCUGCUGGUGGGUUUUAGCUUGCCGCUCGCCAGGGCUCUCAGGGGCAACGAGACUACUGCCGACAGCAACGAGACCACCACGACCUCAGGCCCUCCGGACCCCGGCGCCUCCCAGCCGCUGGCCUGGCUGCUGCUGCCGCUGCUGCUGCUCGUCCUCGUGCUCCUUCUCGCCGCCUACUUCUUCAGGUUCAGGAAGCAGAGGAAAGCUGUGGUCAGCGCCAGCGACAAGAAGAUGCCCAACGGAAUCUUGGAGGAGCAAGAGCAGCAAAGGGUGAUGCUGCUCAGCAGGUCGCCCUCAGGGCCCAAGAAGUACUUUCCCAUCCCCGUGGAGCACCUGGAGGAGGAGAUCCGUAUCAGAUCCGCCGACGACUGCAAGCAGUUUCGGGAGGAGUUCAAUUCAUUGCCAUCUGGACACAUACAAGGAACUUUUGAACUGGCAAAUAAAGAAGAAAACAGAGAAAAAAACAGAUAUCCCAACAUCCUUCCCAAUGACCAUUCUAGGGUGAUUCUGAGCCAAGUGGAUGGAAUUCCCUGUUCCGACUACAUCAAUGCUUCCUACAUAGAUGGUUACAAAGAGAAGAAUAAAUUCAUAGCAGCUCAAGGCCCCAAACAGGAAACGGUUAACGACUUCUGGAGAAUGGUCUGGGAGCAAAAGUCUGCGACCAUCGUCAUGUUAACGAACUUGAAAGAAAGGAAAGAGGAAAAGUGCCAUCAGUACUGGCCCGACCAAGGCUGCUGGACCUAUGGAAACAUCCGGGUGUGCGUGGAGGACUGCGUGGUUUUGGUCGACUACACCAUCCGGAAGUUCUGCAUACAGCCACAGCUCCCCGACGGCUGCAAAGCCCCCAGGCUGGUCUCACAGCUGCACUUCACCAGCUGGCCCGACUUCGGAGUGCCUUUUACCCCCAUUGGGAUGCUGAAGUUCCUCAAGAAAGUAAAGACGCUCAACCCAGUGCACGCUGGGCCCAUCGUGGUCCACUGUAGCGCGGGCGUGGGCCGGACGGGCACCUUCAUUGUGAUCGAUGCCAUGAUGGCCAUGAUGCACGCGGAGCAGAAGGUGGAUGUGUUUGAAUUUGUGUCUCGAAUCCGUAAUCAGCGCCCUCAGAUGGUUCAAACAGAUAUGCAGUACACGUUCAUCUACCAAGCCUUACUCGAGUACUACCUCUACGGGGACACAGAGCUGGACGUGUCCUCCCUGGAGAAGCACCUGCAGACCAUGCACGGCACCACCACCCACUUCGACAAGAUCGGGCUGGAGGAGGAGUUCAGGAAAUUGACAAAUGUCCGGAUCAUGAAGGAGAACAUGAGGACGGGCAACUUGCCAGCAAACAUGAAGAAGGCCAGGGUCAUCCAGAUCAUCCCGUAUGACUUCAACCGAGUGAUCCUUUCCAUGAAAAGGGGUCAAGAAUACACAGACUACAUCAACGCAUCCUUCAUAGACGGCUACCGUCAGAAGGACUAUUUCAUCGCCACCCAGGGGCCACUGGCACACACGGUUGAGGACUUCUGGAGGAUGAUCUGGGAGUGGAAAUCCCACACUAUUGUGAUGCUGACGGAGGUGCAGGAGAGAGAGCAGGAUAAAUGCUACCAGUAUUGGCCAACUGAGGGCUCAGUUACUCAUGGAGAAAUAACGAUUGAGAUAAAGAAUGAUACCCUUUCAGAAGCCAUCAGUAUACGAGACUUCCUGGUCACUCUCAAUCAGCCCCAGGCCCGCCAGGAGGAGCAGGUCCGUGUAGUGCGUCAGUUUCACUUCCACGGCUGGCCUGAGAUCGGGAUUCCGGCCGAGGGCAAAGGCAUGAUUGACCUCAUCGCAGCCGUGCAGAAGCAGCAGCAGCAGACGGGCAACCACCCCAUCACCGUGCACUGCAGUGCCGGAGCUGGGCGAACAGGUACAUUCAUAGCCCUCAGCAACAUUCUGGAGCGAGUAAAAGCCGAGGGACUUUUAGAUGUAUUUCAAGCUGUGAAGAGUUUACGACUUCAGAGACCACAUAUGGUGCAAACCCUGGAACAGUAUGAAUUCUGCUACAAAGUGGUACAAGAUUUUAUUGAUAUAUUUUCUGAUUAUGCUAAUUUCAAAUGAAGAUUCCUGCCUUAAAAUAUUUUUUAAUUUAAUGGUCAGUAUAUUUUGUAAAAAUCAUGUUAAUUUAUUUCAUAGUUGACAUUAAUAUCUUCCCUAAUUUCUUUGUAUAUAUUUUGUUAUGCCUUAAAGGCCACCUGCUAUAAAGUUGUUAAAUCUUAAAUAUGCUUUUUAAAAAUUGGAAUAAUGUAUUAAGGUCAAAUAAUAUCCCAUAAAAUAUAUAUUUCUGCUAAUAUUAGUAAAUAUCUGAAUUUUUCAUUAGAUUCAUAUCAUUUAAUUUCACACAUUCAACACCUUUGGAUGUUGUGAUCUUAAUAUGCGAAGUGUGUGCCUCUGCAAGAUACUAAGCACAAAGCUCACAUUAAGAAAACAGCUGAAGACUCAGAAGUCAGUUGAAAAUGCACUUUCCUAACAGCGAUUUCACAACCCCGAACAGCAGCAUUUUGGGGAGGCAAACUGUUCGUGAUGAUACAAUGUAAAUGGGGACUUCUGUAAAGUUCUCAGUUUGGGCCCAUGUGGUUUAUCUUUACAUUUUAAAGAUCAAAGAAGUCUUUACAACCUGAAUCCAGGUCUAAAACACACUAGAGUAGCUGGUGAUUAUAAGUAAUAUUUUAAAAUGCUGUGUCUACACCAUGAAGACUGCGUCUACACUAUCUUGGCUGGACGAGAAGAGAUGUAAAUGCUGGGUGGUGCCGUUGACCCAUGGCCUUGGGUAGAACAAAACCAGCCAUCGGAGUUGCACCCUGAAGCACCACUUGCUGUCCAGCUGCCUGUCGUUUGGCCCAGACAACCCUCAGAAAAUCAAACCAGCUGCCUCUCCCAUUCUCCCCUCCCGUUCUGCCACAGCGGCCUGUGCUGGUCCAGUGCUAUGCCUGGAGGCUCAACACGAAACUUCCCAUCCAAACGUUCAGAUGAACUGAGCGUCUUACACAUGCAGCACAGAGGAGCACACAUUGGGAUAGAAACAGUAGAAUAACCACAGGCAAUUAAACUUUAAAUUUUCCGAGCAGCAUUUUGGUAUUUAAACAUUUCUUGUAAAAAGCUAAGAUUGUUUGUAAGGAAAGAAUCCUUAAAAUCUAGAUUUAUACCAUUUUUUAAAGUCCCACCUUUCAAUGUUUAAUAAAAGAAAAAGAGAAAUCCUUAAUCUAAAAGCUAAAUUAUUUUUUAAUGGAAAUACUACUGGGACCAUUGACACUGGAUAACAGUAAUGAUUCCAUUGCCAGAUAAGAUUGGCUGAUGGGAAAGAAAAAAAAAAAGAAUGGGGUGUGAAUGUACCAACAUUGAAUUUUAUAGCAGUUAUGUUUCUAUGGCCAUUAGGUACCUAGCAGAUGAGCACAAUAUAAACAAGAUAUCUGGCCUACCUUACUACUAAGAGCAUUUAACACGUGCAUUUUUGGUACUUUCGUUUUCUAAAAGCUAUAUAAAGGCCUUAUUUGACAUUUUCACUGAUAACUGAUCGCACCCUCGUGUUGCAGUGUUCGUCCCCUAUUCAUUAAUGGUGUGUGCAAAUGCAACCCCAGGACACAUUAUUGUUCUGAUAGAGGCUCACAGGGAAUCAAGCUUCUCGCCCACUCCACGGCUCCGAGCCCCAUCCAAGGGCAAGACUGGGUGCCCAGCUGGAAGGACGAAAGCACACUUUGUGACCGCCAUCCUCACCAGCUGCACGCCUGGGCUGCACACUGCUGAAUGUGCUUCUCUCUCCUUCUCUGUACAAUGAUUCAGCAUCUCGGUGGAAGAGGAAAAUGGAGCUUUUUGAGGCUCGCCAGGUCCCUUUUGUUUUCACUGUUAAAAUUCCAAACCCAAAGCCUUUUUUUGACUGAAGGAGAAGAGAGGGAAGUAAGCUUCUGUUCAGCACCUGAACCCUAGAAACACAGCCAGUUUGCUAUGAUAAAGGUGACGUUUCUCUGGUCAUUUAUUUGAGAGUUUGAAGUCAGAGUCGAGGGGCACAGGCUUUGGUUCAUGUCUAGGAGCCCUCUAUCAGAAUCCUUGAAGCCCUUCAAUGGUCUAACUGGCAUCUCUUGUAUCAAGAAGUACCUUUAAGGUAGACCUUUUCAGUGUGCCCUCAGGAAAGGGCCCUGCUCAUGAUUUUUUUCCUGUCCCCUGAGACCAACCCCAGGUGUCCGCUGCAGGCGUUCUGCCUGUUCCCAAACCUUUUCCAUUCCAGGAACAGAGGAGAAGCCACUUUCCCCAGGACACAGGACUCUCCCCUCCACUGUCCGGGGCAGCGUUCGCCCUUUAGUGGGGAAGUCAUUACAGCCUCAUGGCCUCUACCAAGGCUCCAGUUCACACGAUCUCCUGGGCCUUGGAGCACCUCACACUGGGGGAAUCAAUCCCUGGGGGACUCAGAAUCUUCUCUGUGCAACCUGGAAAGUUCAUCUCUUCUUUCCUUUCCUUCAGUCAAAGAAAGUCCAUUGUACAUAACAAAACAGCCCCAAACAGCCCAGUGCCAACACCGUUGUUCCUUUCACAUUUUCCUUUGUUGCAUGCAGUUGGGUUCAAAUGCCAAAUAGUGAUUAGAAGACAACCAUUCUGAUCUGUGUGUGAUCUGGUCACUGUGUGACUGCCUUUACGGUUUCUCUCCAUGUGCUAUAUGAAUGAAGAAUGCAUACCAGUGUUUUAAAAGGUAUUUUUAUGUGUUUUUAAACACUUUUUUAAAUGAGCCUGACACCUGUGUUUCAGCAUUUGGAGACAUCCCCAUGUUAUUCUUUUAAGUGUAUAAUUACUGAUACUUUUUCGUUUGUUUAACUCAGUUGUGUUUAAUUUAUGUGCAAUCUUUAUAUGUGUUAUUACAGUUUCAACUAUCAUAUUUUCUUUGAUUACAUUUAUAAUUUGAUCUUGCUCUGAUUAUAAUGCCAGUGAAUGUUGCUGAAUUCUUUGUAUAUGCAAAUUGCAAGAUUUAAACCAUUCUGAUGCAAGGAUAAACCUUUACUUUGACUACCA